CUCACAUCCGGCGAUCGUGCUAUACGGAAAACCUACAUCCGAAAGCUUGAUUACAAUAUCCCCGUGCCCUACGAACUCUUAGAUUCGGUGGCAUGCAAACACUGGGAAACCGGUGAAUCGUAUAAUACAGAAAACCCUAUCCGAAAGGAUAAUGAUUUACCUUUUCAGACAGCUAUGGUUAGCCUUUUGCAAGAGCUUCAGUCAAGGGACCAGAGGACUUCCUGUCUGAGAUUAAAUCUGGGGAUUCGAGGUCGUCGGCAAGGUCCUGCGCCGGAACCACAUACUCGGCACUUAGAAAUAGCCGGUGACCAUCGUUGGGAUUAUCGAGAUGGACGUAGAUCAUCAAUCCCCCCAUAUAGGGCGCGGUUCCUCAAGGAUAUGUUGGAUCUGCCAUCUAUUUCGUGCAUUGAAAAGCUCUCUUUUCUAAAUAAUGAACCCUCCUGGAAUGAUCAUCAUCAAAUUUGGACUGGUGCAGUGCGGACUAUAAUUCAAUGUUGUACGAUUAUCGUUGAAUUGGAGCCAGAUCUUGGCGAAUUCGUCCGUUCAGACCACUUGGAGUAUAUACAGGCAGGCCGCGAAGGUGAGCUAUGUCCUCUUUAUUGUGAACUUCCAUUUACUCAUAGCUAUAUAGCGUUGUGUUCUCUGAUCGGUUCUAUUCCAAGGAGUCUAAGAGUUCUACUCUACCAAGGACACCCGGAUUUCCCGUGGAAACCGGCUAUAUCCCCAGUCAAUGUCAUACCAUCUGGGGUUGAUGGUGUGAACUCCAAUUUACGAGAUCUUAGCGUUCACCUUCAACAAUUGAGGUUGGUGAACACUGCUAUCGCAUAUGACUUUUUGUUUCCUUUGGAUGGAAAAGGCCAGCCUGAAACAGGCUCUUUGCACUUGAACUGGCCCUAUCUAGAGACAUUAGAGCUUGAAUUUGUACCACCUUGGCUUCCUUCAGAAGACCAGGCCGACCUCGACGAGUAUGAAAAUGAAAGUGGAAAUUGGGAUGAUGUGAUAUGUGAUGUUGAAGCGGGAUGGGGCGAUCUGGAGUUACGGACUGAAGAACAUUUCCAUCGACUUCUCAUAUCGCUCGGGUAUGCGACCCAACGCAUGCCCCGUUUAAAGAACAUGAAAAUCCAUGUAGAAAGCCAUCAUAGUUUUACCGUCUUUCUUCAGCGGAAGGCCGACCAGAUUACCCUGGAAUGGGAAUGUUAUCCCCUAUAUCGGCCAGAUAGUCGGUGGCAAAGGCGUGGGGGUUCGAGCUGGAUGAUGUGA